AUGUCUUUUAAACUCGAAAUUGCUGAAAAAGGCACAACUUUCAUCACACUUCAAUGGAAUUAUCCGUUCCCACAUUCAGAUGUCUUCAAAGUCGAACAACGUUACGGAACGAAUGAUUGGCAGCGCAAAUAUUGGGGAACAAAAUCUUUCGCAAAAAUCACAGAACUCGAGCAAAAUUUGUGUUUCACGUUUCGCGUUGUCGUCCUUCAACGUGCCAAAGAUUGUUACGAACCAAUUGACUUUUCGGAAGAGAUUCAGGUAACAACGCUCUCUGACAUGUCUCUCACGAACUUUCAUCGCGCCGUGCAAAAACAUCAAUCCUACAUCCUCAAAAAUGGGAUUCAAACGAAACCACAAUACAUCAACGCCAUCGGAAAAGGAGGCGCGAGCGCUGUAGCUGUUGGCGUCAUCAACAAUAAUGACGACGCAGUGAGACUUUUGCUGGAAAAUGGCGCGCAAGUCAAUCAACAAGUUCAGGGGAUCGAAAGAUCGCCAUUGAUGCUCGCUGUUUCGCGGGAUAACCUGAAGAUGGCGCGCGCUUUGAUGGAAAAACGACCAAAUGUGAAUUUGCAGGAUAAAAGCGGGAUGUCGGCGGCUCAUUUUGCGGUAGAUAACAAUUCGCAGGAUUUGUUGAAGUUUUGUUUGGAUUUGGGAGCGAAUGUUGAACUGAGAGACGUUUGUGGAUGGACCGUUUUAUUGAGAGCAGUUGUGAUGCAAUGUGAUGCUGAAAUUAUUUUGAUGUUGUUGGAAAGAGGAGCAGAUCCAACAGUUGUCGAUAAAAAUGGGCUAACUUGUUUGGAUCACGCGAAAUUGCUGAAAAGGGAGGAUUUGGUUGAGAUUUUGAUGAAUCAUCAAGUUAUUAUUAAAGUGCAGUAA